AUGGAUUCGAAACGAGAUGACCCCACAGAUGCCGUGGCAAUUGAAGACGUACGAGAUCUUGAUGCAACACAGGGCGACUUGAAGGUCAAGGCCUUGAUUGACCAGGAAAACCAAGCGAUUUAUCUGGAAGCGCUCCAAAGAUAUCCUGAAAAUGAAUCUAUCGACCCAGAUGCGGAGAAACGCCUUGUCCGGAAGCUCGACAUACGCAUUAUCCCCAUCCUAGGCAUAUGCUAUUUCUUCUACUACGUCGAUAAAACAACCCUUUCAUAUGCAGCUAUUUUCGGGAUCAAGGACUCUCUGCACCUUCAAGGUGCAGAAUACUCUUGGCUGUCAAGUAUAUUCUACUUUGGUUGGCUCGCCUGGGCAAUUCCGUCAAACUUGCUCAUGCAAAAAUCACCUCCGACAUAUUAUUUGAGUUUCAACAUCUUCAUGUGGGGUGCAUUAUUGAUGUGCCAAGCCGCUUCCAAGAAUUUUGAAGCUCUCGCCGCUCUCCGAGUACUCUCGGGUGCAUUUGAGGCAAUCGCAGACCCUGCUUUUAUGCUUUACAUCUCGACAUAUUAUACCAGAGAGGAACAGCCAUGGAGAAUAGCGGGCUACUAUCUUUGGAACGGCAUUGGUGUGGCCGGGGGUGGUCUGAUCGGCUACGGAAUCGGUAAUAUUAAGGGUGCCCUUGACUCCUGGCGCUAUGAAUUCAUCAUUGUCGGGGCAGUUUGUUCAGCAUGGGGAAUUGGUCUUGCCCUAUUGCUCCCUAACUCGCCUACCACAUUCCGAGGCUUCACGCAUGAAGAGAAGCUCAUCAUGAUUGCUCGUCUGCGACAAAACCAGACAGGCUCAGAACAGCGGAAGAUCAAGUGGUCCCAAAUCAGAGAAGCAUAUAUGGAUUAUAAGAUGUGGUUAUUCUUUCUGCUCGGACUGGUCGCCAAUAUCCCGAAUGGCGGUAUAUCGAAUUUCUCAACGCUGGUUAUCCAAGGUCUUGGAUUUAAUACACUCAACACGGCUCUCCUUGGAAUACCCCAGGGUGUUAUAGUGGUGAUCUGGAUCGUUCUAGGAGCGGUGAUCAAUCAAUAUCUUCCGAAAAACAGUCGCACUUGGGUGUCGGCUCUAUUUAUGCUCCCAACUAUUGCAGGUGGACUUGGAUUCCUUCUUGCUCCGGACGAUGCAUAUGUUGCCCGCUUGAUUUGUUUCUACCUCACUGGCUCAUAUCAGGCAUCUUUCGUGAUUUCCCUCUCAAUCGUCACGUCGAAUAUUGGUGGACAAUCAAAGAAAAUGAUUGUUUCUGGUAUGAUAUGGUUUGGUGUUUGCGUUGGUAAUAUCGCCGGUCCUUUCUUCUAUAAGUCUGACCAAGCACCGACAUAUCGCUUGGGAAUUGGGUCAUUGUUGGUCUCAAAUUGCAUUGAGCUUGUUCUAUUUUUCGUUAUUCGAUACACCUUUAUCUGGGAAAACAAGCGCAAGGAACAAUGGCGCCAGGAAUUGCGAGAACAAGGAAGAGAAGACGAGUUGACUUUGAACGCGACGGCGUUCGCCGAUCUAACUGAUAAGGAGAACCCGAACUUUGAGUAUGUUUACUAG